GGCUUCAACCACGUGUCGCCCUCUGGCUCUGAGAGGCCUCUGGUUUGUGGAUUACUGGAUGGAAAUGUCUGAUACAGUCAAACCUCUGACUUCCUUCCUCAUAGAGGACAUCCUCUCCAUUAAGGAUGGUACAAGAUUUAAUGGCAAAUGCUGUUCACAGAAGAUGGAAAGAUGUUCACCGCUAAGAGAAGAGUCUGAAAAGUUGCCAGAAGAACUCUGUCCUCAGGAGACAGCGUUUGGAGCGCAAACAGGGUCUCUGGACACAUCCUGUCCCAGCACCUCAGAGUCCAGCAGUUUUUCCUCCACAGGGAAACAGAAGCGCUCCAGAGCUGCAUUUACACACCUCCAAGUGCUCGAACUAGAGAAGAAAUUUAACCACCAGAAAUACCUGUCUGCCCCGGAGAGGGCUCACCUGGCCAGCACCUUAAGACUAACUGAGACUCAAGUGAAAAUCUGGUUCCAGAACCGGAGGUACAAAACAAAACGAAAGCAGCAAACAUCAGACUUCUGUAAGGACAUGUACAAAGCCGAGGGACUGGGUCUGAGAGAGGAUUUGGUCCGAUCGUCACUAAUCACCUCCUUCUGCAAAGCUUACCAAUACAGACCAUACCUGUGGGACUACAGUGGCCCCUGGGGGCCAACGUUAUGGUGAAAUUGAAAUGAUGUAUUAAGCUAUGAUUUAUAAUCAUAAACCUGUGUUUAGUGUUCCUGAUAUUUAGGCUCUGUGUUCUUUAAAAAAGUUGAUUCUCUCUUAUUUGACACUGAAUCCAGUGUGUGUUACCUUCACCACUCUGCCUUUGAAAAUGGUUUUGCUCUUAGAAGCUUGUUAUACAAAAAUCACACAAAUCUUACUGUAUGGACAUGAUGUGGUUUUGCACAACAAACCAUUUGCUCACUGAGUUCAUUUGUGGCAUUAUUAAUUAAUUUGUUAAUAAAUAAUAAGUUUUAAGCUAACAGUAAACAUAAUGUGUGUUUAUUUUAAAAAAUACAGCAAAAUGUUGAGAGAACAGAGAAACUAUAACAAUUUAUGAGAUGUAACGUGGUUAUAAUUGAUAAUUUACAACUGAUUGUAGUUAAAGUGGUGGCUGUGGUGAUGUAGUUGAUUUUGAAGUAGCCAGUAAUGCAUGAACUAUAUUGUAAGAAUUACACUGUAAAUCAGGCAGUUGGGGUGUUUUACACUGAAAACAUUUAUAGUAUCUGUGUGGAGUUAAUACAGUAAAACUACAGAAGAAGAUAAGAGCAGACAGAGAUGAGGGUUGACAUUGUAAAUGAGGGCAGAAGAAUGAGACCUGAUUACAUGAAGAUAAACUGCUCUUCAACUUUCCUGAGCUGACAUCAUGAGGAAAGUUUCUUAUCUGAGACAUUUGGCUCUAAGUGACUCAGUAUGGCAAUGUAACAAAAAUUAUAAACUGACCAGUUCAUAGAGAAAUUACAGACAAGAGUGUUUUGGUCAAAGAAUAACAGGAAUGAAAUAGAAAAAGAUAUGAAAAGACAAUAUGUGAUUCAAAAGGGAAAUGUGGAGGAGUGAAGCUAUGAAAAGUAAAUAAUCCUAAAAGAGUAAGCAGCAGUGUACUGUGGGAACACAUGAGAAUAAGCUUUUCAACACCAUAAGAUCCAGAUGAUCAAAUACAUUAAACAUACAUUUUAAAGAUGGUUAAAGUUCAUCUUGUCCUCAACAAAAGACAGGCCACAUUGUCUCGCAUGUCAGGUUCAGUCAGUUUUGCUUGUGCCACCGUGGCAUGAAGUAGUGAAGCUUUCGUGUAGCAUCACAUGCAUGUAAUAGUGAUUAUUGUAGUAACAAAACCUGUUUGUUAACAUAACUGCUGUGGGACAUAUAGAGAGUAAGAGAGGGUAAUGGGGGUAAGAAACUGGAACACUGUCUAACACUAUGAAAAUAAUAUAUGUUAAGCAAAUAUGUUUUACUUCAGAUUUUUUCUUUAGACUUUGUGAUAACGGUUUCAAAUGAUUAUAGAUCACAUAUAGAGCUACAUUUUAAUCAUUGUAAUCAUAUGGAUACUCUGGUGCUGACUGGAGAUGAAAACUAAACGAGAUUCGUAUGUACAGAUUUACAUUUUGGACAAAAAAAGCCCCUAGUAAUAAGGAUUCAGUGGGAUACAGCUUUGCUGAACAAAUAAUUAAACAUCCAUUGACUAUAAUGUGAUACAAAAGUGUUCCUGCAUAUUUAAUAUUUAAAUGCAAUGCAACUUUCCAGUUUACUGGGUUUACUGUACUCGUGGGCUCUCUACUUGUGGCUAAUCUGGCUGCAUAGCAGUGGCAUUUAGCCUUUAACUUAAAGGGUACCUGCAGGUGUGUGCCAGUUUGAGUCCUUCAGCUGCCCUGUCACAGGUUUCAGACAUAGAAUGCAGCGUGUUAUCUUUUAGAGUAUUGAUAUUAUCCAUGCCUCGAAUAAACUGUAGAACAUGUCUUCUUUUGUUAUGUUGGCCCGUACACGAGUUAUGUGUGUUGCCCUUAGCAGGGAAGAUCACUGCUUCCUUCAUCACAACGCUGAACUUUCAGAUUCAGUGGAGUUUGACUGUGUUUGAGCUGUUAUUGUGUGUAUAUGCUGACAAGACUAAUAUUCUUCACCGCAUAAAAUGCAUUUUUCUGAAUAACAUUAUCAUUACGACUUAAGAUUUCACUUUUGAUAUUUAGAAAAUAAUAACGGCAUCAUACUUAUU